GCGAUGUCAAAGGAUGACAAUUCUUUUCUUUCGUUUCGUACGUCAAAUAAAUGUACCGCCACAUGCCAAUUGCCAAUAAAUUAUUCAGUAUUUUAUGAUUUUGUGCCUAUAAUUUGUAAAAUAAAGCUUAAAACAUGAAACCUUUGAUGCUGCAAGGGCACGAGCGUGCCAUAACCCAAAUCAAGUAUAAUCGGGAAGGAGACCUACUAUUUUCCGUGGCGAAGGACUCUAAGCCCAAUGUGUGGUGGUCACUAAAUGGAGAACGCCUAGGCACUUUCAACGGGCAUGGUGGUGUGGUUUGGUGUCUAGAUGUCGACUGGGAAACCAUUCAUCUUAUCACUGGCGGUGGUGACAGUUCUUGCAGAUUAUGGGAUUUGGAGACAGGUAAAAACAUUGCCACAAUCAAGACAAACUCUUCAGUGAGAACAUGUAACUUCAGUUUUAGUGCCUACCAAGGGGCUUACACUACUGACAAGGCUAUGGGACAUCCUUGCGAGGUGUUCAUAAUAGAUACAAGGACAAUUGAUGACUCCUUAUCAUCUCAAGCACCAAUAUUAAAAUGGGAAAUUACAGACUCAAAAGUUACAUCAAUGCUGUGGGGAACCCUGGAUGAGACCAUCAUCACUGGUCACGAAGCUGGUGAUUUGAUCCAAUGGGAUUUACGAACUGGCAAAAAACUGCAUUCAAUCAAAGAGCAUACACAUCAGAUCAACGAUAUGCAGCUAUCUCGUGACGGCACCAUGUUCAUAACAGCAUCCAAGGAUCAAACUGCCAAACUAUUUGACACUAGCUCCCUUGAGCUGCUCAAGGAAUACAAAACUGAACGUCCAGUUAACUCUGCAGCCCUCAGUCCCAUUUUAGACCAUGUGGUACUCGGUGGUGGUCAAGACGCCAUGGAAGUAACCACAACGUCAACAAGACAAGGAAAGUUUGAUGCCCGUUUCUUCCAUCUUGUCUUUGAAGAAGAAUUUGGUCGUGUCAAGGGUCACUUUGGACCCAUCAACAGUUUGUCAUUCCAUCCUGAUGGCAAGAGUUUUGCAUCGGGCGGUGAAGAUGGUUAUGUGCGGGUGCAGAGUUUUGAUCAGUCCUACUUUGAUUACACUUUCGAUUACAAUAGAGACUAAAACAAUAAUUUAGCUGAAAUUAUAAAGUAUUGAUGAACACAAUUUUUUACUUGUGAAUUGUGGAGAUUGUUUUGGGUUACUCAAAAAAUAAGAGAUUUAUACCUCAUUGUAACUUUCACAAAUAAAACAUUUUCUUUAAAGUGU